AUGGUCGAAUUGACAUGGAACAGAAAUCCGAUUCCCGAAUCUCGACCGACCAAAAUCAAGUCAAUGGCGCCUCCCAUCGCGCCCCCGACGCCGCAAUCCCAGGCGCCGGAAACAACCUUCGAACCAUGUGCCUCCACGGCGUCCCUCUUCCUCUACGCCCAAGGCUCCGUGAUAAAUUGCCUGCAUCAUGACACGCUGGCCCUCGAACGAAAGUUCGACCACCACAAGGCCGAUAUUUCAUUCAUCUCUGUCGACAAUGUCAGCGAACGAGGUGCGGGGAGGCUGGUUGCGAGCUAUGAUCAGGGACAGACAACCAUUGUGUGGGAUUUGUUCACGGGAGCCGAGCUCGCUCGCUUUGCGGCAUUCGAGCAUCUGAGGGUCGCAGCCUGGAUGCGCAAUGGCAACGUAGCGUUUGGAAACGGCAAGGGCGAUGUUGUUCUUUUUGAACCAUCCACCUCGGAGCAUGUCUCGACACGGACCAUCUUUGACCCUAUUACAGCAUUGGCCCCGGCAUCAGACUGCCGCACAUAUGCUAUUGGUUAUCAAAAUGGUUCUAUCUUGAUCGCCACCCUCCAUCCUACCUUCACCAUCUUACAUACGAUGUCGACCUCUCGCGGUCCCUCUCCCAUCGUCUCGUUAGCAUGGCAUGCAUCGUCGUCCAAGCAAAAGUCCGACAUGCUUGCAACCUUAUCAUUCAACGGAGACCUGCGGGUGUGGAGCGUCGCAAAGCCACCCGGUAAAGAGGCUCCUCGCGUCAUUCGUUUCCUCAAGCGAUCCGAUCCUUCGUCUUCGGAGCCGAAAUGGAUGGCCUGGUCCAAGAAUGGGCGAAUUGUGCAGUACCUCGACGGAGAGACAUGGGCGUGGGAUGUCAGAACGAAACAUGUUACUUACGAGCCGAUCCCGACCAUAGACAACCCCCGGGGUUUCGCAAGUUAUGGCCCCACCGCCACGCUUUUCACCCUGGGACCAAACCAUACAGUGCAGCAGUAUGACCUGGAAAACCCGGGGAUGGUUGCCAAUGUGCAGCACCUUCCUCCCCGUCCUCUCUCUACUGCCUCAGCAGAGCGGUCCGGACGCGUCCUACAAGAUGCACCGGACCUCAGGGAGCAAGGCCCCCUGUAUGGUAGCAGACACGCCCCGUUUGAUCAGAGCGGAAUAGACGCGGUCCGGCAGCAACGUGCAGAGAUAGGAAGUCCGGCUUCAUCCCGGAGCCAUGCUAAUUCGGUCAGCUCCAAGGCAUCAUCGGGAAAGUAUAGGGUGGUACCAUUCUCGCCACCGAGUAGGUCCGGGCAAACAGGCACUUCUUUCUCGAUCACUUCGGCGAGUGGGCGGGAAACCCCCCAACCCUCCGGGGCAUCUUACGCCUAUGCCUCUUCAGUGUCGAUGUCGUCCGUCAAGAGCUCUCGUGCGGGGUCCCGCCUGCGGAACGAAGUUCAUCUGAGCCCGGCAGAGCAGCGCGUAGACCUUUUUCCGUUCACACGCGCGCGGCUAAAUGAUGUCCCUUACCGGAGCCAUCGUCCCUUGGAUGAGACUCAUCUUACUCCGGACGAUCUUCGGCGACAGAUGCUCAGUGUCGUCUUUGGAUGGGACGGCGAUAUACACGACUUAAUCAAAGACGAAUUAUUCCGCCAUCCUCCUAGCAGUCAUAGUGCCAUUCUGUUAGCACAAUGGCUCGGCCGAUCUGACACAGACGAGACGGCAUCCAUGAUCGAUGCUGGACCAGCGUCACUUACUGAUUGGAUGCUGGUAGCUUUGAGCCAGAUGACGGGGGAAUCCCAAGCAAACAAAGUUGGCCAAGCGUUUGCGCAGAAGCUGCUCGAGGUUGGCGAUAUACACACUUCCGCUACUAUCUUGCUCGGUCUCGGGGACAAGAACGAAGCCAUCGAGGUUUAUGUUUCGCAAAAUUACUACAUGGAAGCUAUCCUGAUGACCUGUCUUCUGACUCCCGCGGAUUGGCAGCGCCAGUCAUAUUUGGUCCGCCGAUGGGGCGAGCAUGUUGUUUCCCAUGCUCAACAACAGCUUGCAAUCCGUUGUUUUAUGUGUACCGGUGUGGAGCCGUCGGACCCCUGGAUGUCUCCGGCUGCUCAACAAGCCACCUCGUUUGCAGAGAUGAUUUCCGGAAGAUCGCCCAUGACGUCCCCCGAGCCACGACCUCCAUCUCAAGGAUCCAACUUUCUGCGUGCGAACUCCCAGCCCAAGGUUCCAGCGAACAAUCGGCCUAAUCUAAAGACCCCGGCUCUCAAGCUGAUUACCUCUUUCGAUCCCCAGCCCAACAAAUUCCGGUUUCCGGGUCUGAAGUCGGACGAUAGAACCCCCACAAAUGCUCCAGGGGUUACCCCCAUCGCAGAAUCCGCCGUGGGAGGGUCUGCUAUAUCUCCCGGGGGACUUGGAUCUUACAGAGCGAACAAUAUCCAAAGUCUGAACAAUGCGAUGAACGCAAGAACAGGCACCCCUGCCUUCACCAGAAGACGUCUAGCUUCCAUCGGGGAGACUCCCGUAGACGUGCAUCCGCCCUCAUUCCCUCCGCAUGGUAUCAGCAAAUCCACGGAGUAUGUUUCAUCAGCUGAGCAAGCCAACGGUCACCAGGAUGAAUCCCAGAGGCAAGACGAGGAUCUGGGCCCAUCUCUGCUGUCGUCUGCAAGGUAUGACCCUGACAAAGACUCAUACAAACCAAGUCCGCAAACUGCUGUCCAAGACCACGCAGACCAGUUUGCCAGCAUCAAGGGCCUCCCUUCUCCGGCGCCUGGAGUUUUUGAAGCCCUCAAAGAGCGGUCAGACAGUCGGAACGGAUCGAGAGACCGAAAGCCGGACGGCUUACAGCUGAAUCUAUACCAGAGUGAUGCUUCCGACAGCGGUAUGCUUGGUCCUCCCAGCAGCACGAUGGCCAAUGUUCGAAGUCCGGCGUCGACAUUGAACAGCUACAACUCGGCAAAGAGCCCCAGCGUGAGCGGCCGGAGCAUUGACCAGUAUAUCAGCAGCCUCGAUGAAGCUAACUACCACUCGCGAAAAUACACUCGCGGCAGACGGAACACAGACGAUAACGCCAGCCAGACUUCAGCACGGCGAAUCACCUCCCGAACAACUUCCCAGGAUACCACUCGUGGUCAGAACGAAAGAAGAUACAUUCAACCGGCCAAGCGAUCACCAUCCUCUCCGGUUCCCAUGUCUCCAGGAGAAAUCGCCCAAUACAGCAGAAGCACCGGAACCAAGGCCCCCGCCUCUAAAUCGCGUACUGGAAGUCGGGUGAGAAAACCGCGUUCUCGGCAUUCAUCCGAACGUCGUGGGAAUCGUUCCACCAGCCGAAAGCCCACCAGCCGGGUCGCUGCUGACAAGAACGAUGCGUACCGGGGCCGCAGCGUUGACCGACAGAGCUCUGGCGAUAGAUCGCCAUCUUCCCCUUUACCCAUGUCACAGGCAGAUGACGCUCUAAGGCUGGUGACCAGUGAUAGAGAACGGCUGCGGAGCCGCCAGCGCAGUAGCAGUCGCCGUCCUGACAAAGUAGCUGGAUCCCGGCGAGAUGGCUCUCCCGACAGCAGACACUCGCGAGCGACCUCACGCACCCGCCAGGGGCAUGAGUCGAAUACAAAUAUGGACACGCUGGCAGCCGACAGCAGUGCUCAGAUCAGCAUCCACGCACAUGAGGUGGCUCCCGAACCCCAAGAGAUUUACAUCGAAGCUCAGAAUGCCAGCAAUGCAACCUUGCCAAUCCCGGGGCUGAUCGAUCGGAGACGAAAGGAGCUUGCCGCCGCCGAGUUGGAGGCCCGGCGACUCUCGCUUGCGCGGAAUCCCUCCGCGCCGAAUAUCCCGUUUCCUGGGGAGCUGCAGCGGGUACGAAGCCCUCCGAGUAGCCCCCCAGUGACGAGGAACUCCAUCAAUCAGCGCACCCCGGCAAGACGAAGAGCGUCAAUGAGCAAGGGCUCGCCCGAGUAUCCUAGUAGCUCGGACUCAGGGUCAUCACGAUCUGGAGGGCCAAUGGGACUACCGGCAACUCCUAAAGCGAUGCGGCAUCCAAAAUACCCUAACGGUUACGAAGAGUCCGUCUCGUCCGUGCCCAGCGUGCCGGAUAGUUUCCUGACCUUGAGCGAUGCAAGGUACCAGGGUGAAGCGGAAAAGAUCGUUCGUUCCAUGUCAGUUCCCGUGCCGGAGCAUCAACCGGGGCCCAUGCCCAUGGACCUGCCAACCCACCCGAGAUUUAACCCUCACCUUCCCCAAAGUCGAUCGACCAGUAAGAACCGAAGUACGGGCCAUCAUCGAGAGAGUUCCCGCGAAUUGGCAGCCGGAACCUACGGCUCGUCUCCGGUCGCCAUCAGUAUCGAGGAGACAAACGAGGACGGUACCGUUCUGCGGGAGUUUGAACAUCCUCCCAUCCUACCCGAGCUGCAGCAUCUCAACAACACCCCGCCGCCCCCACCUCCUGCUCCUUCCGUUCCUCUUGCGCCUGUUUCUCCGCGUGCCUCAUCUGGAACUAUAGACAUUGCCAUUGACAACGAGAACCUGGGACAACUGCUCCCUCGAUCCAUGACGGCGGCUCCCACAAUCGGCAGCGAGAUGCACCAUAUAAUAGAGCGACGGCCUACGUCGCUUGAACACCGACGGGGCAAAAGCAUCAACGAGAGCUUCUCGCAUAAGAUACGCAAUCUAACACGCAUGCGCAGCAACAGCCGGGGCCUGGACGCGUGGGGGUCCCCAUCUGAGUCUGCACUGCCAUAUGAAAGUUUACAGACGUCGCAAAGUCGGAUCUAG